ACGUUUAUUUCAUAUUCUACCAUAGUAUUGUGGUGUAAGUGAGACACACGGUAACGUCUCCCUCACUUCAAGUCCGACCUGUUUUUAGCGGAUUUCCUCUUAAAUGUUUUCGGGAACGCAGGGGAGAUUCCAACUGGAGCACGAAGGCAAAGAAGUGAAUGAAUAGUGGGAUAAGUACACGACCCAACCCGCGGACAUUUAUUGUAUUGUGUUCAUAUUGUCGCGCUUUUUUAAUGUAGAAGGCUGAUGUUAAGCCACGUACGCACGGAUAUAUAGUGUACUUUCCAUUUGGCAAAAUGGAAAGUGCGCGGACUGUCGUUGACAAAGGCUUGGAAGAUGGAAGUGCAACUAAGUUUAAGAAGCCUAGCGGACUGUCUGUCGCCCAGGGGACGCCAGUGGAUGAUGGCGGUGGACAUUUGACGGCCUCUCGUAUAGAUAUUAGAAAUGGGAACAACCCCUCUCAGGCUGCAGUGGGUUCUAGUGCUUCGAAUAAAAGUAACGGAAGCACAUCUACGAAUGGCCGUAGUUUAUCCAGUAACUCCAACUCGCUCCUGUUGAGACGGAGGAGGCUGAAGAGGAACCUCUCCGCUGCAGCUGCAACCACUGCCACAUCGAUUGUCACUGCCGCCUGCGGCGCCAAGAUGAAAUCGACCCUCUCUUCUGCGUCUCUGCAUACUCGGAGUCUGGAUAGGAAGACGUUGCUGAGGCAUCGGCAGAACAUGCAACUGCAGCCUUCAGAUAGAGAGUGGGUGCGAGUGGAUCUUCACAGGGGUUCCAUACAUGUCCACGACAAACUCACCUCGCUUUCAUAUCCUAGGCCGGUGCUGUGCACGAUUGAUACCACCGCUGGCGAGAUGGCGCUCCGUUUGAGCAAACUCAGUAAGUCGAGCUCUGUAUUGCGUAUAUUUUGUAAUGACAACCUAAAGACUGAUCAAAACAGAAACUGUAACGUGAAGUAUCCAUAUAAUGACAGCCAGUGCAAACUAAUUGAAGACGGUAACGUUAAUAUCAAGUGCAAAGAUUCGGGAUCCCCAGAAUUCAGGGGCGGCCUAUCGGACAAGCCAAGUGACGGGUUGAGGCUACUGCUUAUGGAGAACGCCGAUGAGCGGCAAAAGCAACAGGAUGCAAAACUUUUUAGUCCGGACUCAGAGUCGAAAGAUAAUAUAACUCACUCGUUGUCGGAUCUAAAUUCGAAUUCUAACCUGGAUACUCCUAACGAGGAUGACCCAGAACAGAGACUGAACGGAGUGGACAGCUACGGGCUCAAUUCUGGUUCGGACGUGGAGAGCAGCAGCGCAUUCGAUGACCUCAGCAUUUCGGGGGCUCGGCUCAGUGAGCACCGGGACUCCCUCAGCGACGACAUGAUCCUGGGCACAGACGCAUCCAUCCUGAGCCCUAGUUUUGACAGCGCCACGGAGGGCCACGACACCUAUGGCAGCUCCUCAGACGAACUGGAGCUCGACUGUCCUACCACAAGCAUUGACCCUAUUCUCCCCAAUGGCAACACAGUCUCUGCCAACUACAAGUUUAGCAACGGUGGGCAUUUAAACGACGUGACACAGGAUACUGGGGCAGGUAACAUACUCGAACCUCUCAGUCUAAGCAGGCUGCCACCCAGUAGUAGCGGUAGCUCAUUGUCCCGGGCCUGUUCGACAGGUAAUAGGCCCGACAUCCAAGACCCUGAUAAUAGCCAGGGUGCUUUGAAAACAGGGUCGGCGGCGGCUCAUGAGGAUAGAGACGCAGCAGGUGACACCAGUCCUACACUUUACGUUCAGCUCCACGGUGAAGCUGUCAGGAGGCUCGGGCAAGAUGAGAGGCCUCUCCAGAUCCAGAAUGACUUUCUCUUUAAACUGGGAUUUAAGGACCCGUGGCGCGUGCAGGAGGAAGGGAUGAACACCGAGAUUGGCUCCAUGUUACGGUUUUACGCAGGGAAGCCCCACAGCAUCGAGAGCUCGGAGCGAGUGCAGCUGUCGGGGACCUAUAACGUCCGCAAAGGGAAACUCCAGCUGCCAGUCAAUCGGUGGACCAGGCGCCAGGUCAUCCUGUGUGGCACCUGCCUCAUCGUCUCCUCCGUCAAAGAUAGCCACAUGGGCAAGAUGCACAUCCUACCCCUCAUUGGAGGAAAGGUGGAGGAGGUGAAGAAGCACAGCCACUCCCUGGCGUUCAGCUCAGCAGGGCCCCAGAGCCAGACAUACUAUGUCAGCUUUGACAGCUUCACUGAACACCUGCGCUGGCACAGACACGCAGCCAAGAUGGUAUCCCAGAGGAUCAACUCUGUGGACUUGUCCUGCUGCAGUCUGGAGCAGCUGCCUCCCAACCUCUUCUACAGCCAGGACCUCACCCACCUCAACCUCAAACACAACUUCCUCCCAACAGACCACCGUCUACACCAGCUACAGAGGUUCUCUCGUUUGCGUAGCCUCAACUUGUCUAAUAACCAGCUGGGUCAGUUCCCCAUGGCCAUCUGUGACAUCUCCACCCUCAUCGAGGUCAACCUCAGCUGUAACUACCUGACCAAUGUGGACCAAGCUGUGGGAUCCAUGACCAAUCUGCAGACGUUUCUCCUGGACGGUAACUGUCUGAGUGAGUUACCCAGUGAGCUGGGCUCUCUCCAGAGACUGGGCUACCUGGGCCUGUCCUUCAACCAGUUUACCCACGUGCCCCAGGUGCUGGAGCGGCUGACCUCCAUGGAGAGACUGUGUAUGGCUGGAAACAGCCUGGACACACUGGUGCUGCAGAGCUUCAGACUGCUCCGGUUCAAACAUGUCGACCUACGGCUGAAUAAGAUCCGGGUGGUGGUUCCAGACGAACCAGACCUGCUGAGACACGUGACCCAGCUGGACGUGCGUGACAACGGGCUGGAGGAGCUGGAUAUCUCCCUGUUCCCCUGCCUGGAGGUCCUCCACUGUGAGAGGAACCACAUUGCCACCCUCAAGGCCAAGGGCUCUAUGCUCAAGGCUGUCUACGCACAGAACAACGAGCUACAGGAGCUAGAUGUCAGUCCAGUGCCCUCCAACCUCACCUACAUGGACAUCUCCAGGAAUCGUAUGGAGGCCAUCCCAGAGUGGCUGUGUGAGAUUAAGAAACUAGAAGUUCUGGACCUCAGCCACAACCUUGUUACUGAGCUCCCAGCACGGUUGCUGUGUAGCAGCAGUCUGAGGAAGCUGAGUGCAGGAUACAACCACCUGCAGAAGCUGCCUGAGAGAGUAGAGCGCCCACUACUGGAGGUGUUGGACGUACAACACAACCAGCUAGCAGAGCUGCCCUGCAACCUCUUCCUCAAAUCUGACAGUUUGCGGUGCCUAAAUGCCUCGGCCAAUAAGCUGGAGCACCUGCCUCCCUCCAGUCUAUCAGAGGAGAGCAACAGCAUCCUCCAAGAACUGUACCUCACCAACAACCGGCUGACUGAUAAGUGUGUUUCCUUACUGACGGGACACACACACCUCCGAGUACUACACAUGGCUUACAACUACCUGCACACCUUCCCUGCCAGUAAAAUGGCCAAGUUGGAGGAGCUGGAGGAGGUAGACCUGAGUGGGAACAGGCUGAAGACGGUGCCCACCACCAUCAUGAACUGCAGACGCAUGCACACACUCAUCGCCCACUCCAACACCAUAGAGGUCUUCCCUGAGGUCAUGCAGCUUAUGGAGAUGAAGUGUGUAGAUCUGAGCUGUAAUAAGCUGAGUGAGAUCAGCCUGCCUGAGAUCCUGCCUCCUAAACUCCAGGAGCUGGAUCUGACUGGCAACCCUCGCCUCAGCCUGGACCACAAAACCCUGGAACAACUCAAUAACAUCCGCUGUUUCCGCAUCGACCCGCCACCGACCUUCUCAGCCAAUGAGGCGUCAGGUGGGCCGGCUGUGUGGAGUCAUGGUUACACAGAGGCCUCAGGCGUCAAGAACAAGCUGUGUGUGGCCGCCCUGUCGGUGAACAGUUUCGGUGGGAGUCGUGGGGCCCUCUAUGGGGUGUUUGAUGGAGACAGGAACGUGGAAGUGCCCUACCUGCUGCAGUGUACCAUGAACGAUGUGCUGGCCGAGGAGCUACACAAGACCAAGAGUGAAGAAGACUACAUGACCAACACCUUCCUCGUCAUGCAGAGGAAGCUGGGUACGGCAGGGCAGAAGCUGGGUGGCUCGGCGGCCCUGUGCCACAUCAGACACGACCCCACCGACCCGGGCGGCUGCUUCACCCUCACCGCUGCCAACGUAGGCAAGUGCCAGGCCAUCCUGUGUCGGGAUGGCAAGCCACUGCCCCUCUCCCUGCUGCACAACGUAGGCCUGGAGGAAGAGUACCGACGCAUCAGACAACACAACGCCAUCAUCACUGAGGACAACAAGGUGAAUGGAGUGACAGACUCCACCCGCAUCAUGGGAUAUUCCUUCCUGUACCCGGCGGUGAUCCCACGGCCCUACGUCUGCAUGGUAACCCUCACCCCGCAGGACGAGUUCUUCAUCCUGGGCAGCCGGGGCUUGUGGGAUGCCGUUUCACCGUCGGAGGCGGUGGAGGCGGUGCGUAACGUCCCAGACGGCCUUGCUGCAGCCAAGAAGCUGUGUACACUGGCCCAGGGCUAUGGCUGCACCGACAGUCUCUGUGCCGUGGUGGUCCAGCUCUCUGUGAGUGAGGACUGCUGCUCCUGCUGCUGUAGAGACCAUCCCCAGCCGCCCCCCAGCCCCGGCUUGGGUGGCUACCCCUCCUCGGGGGGUUCGUCAAUAAAGGAGCGUCCUACAGGGGAUGGUUCCCUCCCCGUCCCCCCGUCCUCCUGCAGUGAGAUCAGCAGUGAGAUCAGUACUAGUGAGAUGAGCAGCGAGGUGGGAUCCACGGCCUCCUCUGAUGAGCCUCCCCAGAGCUCCCUGGUGCUGCUGCACGAACAGCCCCACCACCACCAGCUCCACCUGCACCACCAGGCCCACCAGCUCUCCCUCCAGGCCCAGCACUCCGCCCAGCCCUGCCCCUACCCUCACCCAGGCUCGGAGCUCCCUGCCCGGGGCUGCUGUGCUCUCCAUCCUGCCUGUCUGACCGGGUCCUUCCAGAGGCAGCUGUCCAGCGCCACCUUCUCCAGCGCACUGUCUGACAACGGGCUGGACAGUGAGGACGAGGAGCCCAUUGCCGGGGUCUUCUCCAACGGGAGCAGAGUGGAGGUGGAGGCCGACAUCCACUGCCUUAGGGCUGAGGCCUCUUCAUCAUCAUCAUCGUCAGUACGGGAACGCUUGCUGGCCCCUCCUCCACCUCCUCCACCCUGCACCCCAGAACCCCUGGAGGACGGGGUGGAGCUGACUCUAGGGGAGGCGGAAAUGAGGGAGGAUAGAGAGGAGAGCUGGUCAGGGGGCUGCGGCAGACCGGGUGAUGACUUGAAGACCCUGGGGAAGAGAAGGGGGAACGGCUCUGUGGCCCCUCAGGAGAAGAGCCACAACCUGAUCGAGGUGGCAGCAGACGCCCCAUCUAAGAAGGGAGGGGGGUACUUCACGGCCCCCGCCCAGCCCGACCCGGACGACCAGUUCAUCAUCCCUCCAGAGUUGGAGGAGGAGGUCAAGGAGAUCAUGAAGCAGCAUCAGCAGAAACAACAGAACCCACCUAGCCCCGACCAGCCUGCAGACUACUAUGACACACCCCUCUGAGCAGACACACUCCCUACAGCAGUCUACUACAACUCACCACUAUGUUUCUGCAGACUACUACGACACACCCCUCUGAGCAGACACACUCCCUACAGCAGUCUACUACAACUCACCACUAUGUUUCUGCAGACUACUAGGACACACCCCGAAAUCCCUACAGUGGAGAGUCCAUACAGAGUCUUCGGACUAGCUGAGUAACCUAUGUAUCUGAAAAACAGCACCUUGUUGAGAUGUCUACAGACUAUAAGCACUCAACCCCUUUUCUGAGACCACAUCACUGGAGUACCAAACACUGUAACCUGCUCCACCCCUUUCCCCAAAGUGGCCUAUAGAAUAGGACAUGCAAAUGAGUCCUUUAAGAUAACCCAACCCUAUUGGGUAUCCUACUUAUGGACACACCUUUUUAUGGUCCAAAGUAGUUCCACUACUACUCACAGACAGACUGUACGAAACGUUGUUUUUACAUUAGACAACAAACCAAUGAGUACCUAUGUAAUCAACACUAGUCUCUCUGCAAUAGGGUUAGCCUAUCACAACACACAGUUAUGGAUAAUAUGAUUCCGUAUAGUUUUUUUACUUACCAUAUCUUUUAAUGUAAAGAAAAUUAAGUUGCUGAAAAAACUUUGUUAAAUGAAACAUGGAGAACACAAUCUUUUUUAUUAUCAAUGAAAUACAUUGAAAUGGUACACACCAAUAAUACCACGCUUAACUGUUGAAGAUGGGGCACUUAAUGAUACUGUAUUUCUUCAGUAAAUCAUGGCUCUUGGCCUGUAAAAAAGGCAUAGACAUUUUUGUAGAAAUUUGAAAGACUAACUCUUAGGAGUUGCAUACUCUUUAUGGUGACAUAGUCACUUUUACUAAUCUUCUCUGAGAGAAAUUGUGAUUUUUUUCCAAUGAUUGUAAAUAAGAGAAAUUUAUACUGAUGCUUUUAAAGGAACUGUGUACCCGUAUGUCUGGAUGGAUUUAGUGGUGUGGAGGGGUUGUGGGUCAGACCUGGUUUCGCCAUUUUGGAGAUCUCACCUUCCUUUCUCCCGUAGACACACACACUCACUCAUGUUCAAUACACACACACACACCGAUACGUACAUACACAGUACACCCACCCUAUUAUUCCGUACAGGCACACACAAUUCACGAUGGUUCUUCUCAUUCAGUUCUAUUGUUACUUACAUCUUGGUUAGUCAGCACUCCCUCUAGUGUGCUCACAACACACAUACAAUACAUACACACAGUAUUCCAUCCCACCGCCCGCCUAACUGUUAUCACCGGCAUGACUGUGUCCAGUUCAGUAAUGCAAACAAAUGCUAUAUCCACAUGGAAAGUAAACCACACAAACGUUCCUGUCUUUAGUAUAAUAAAUCUUACAUUUGUAAGCUUUGUUCUA